GUUGUGGAACAUUUUUUUUUUAAUUGGAUUCAUAAUUUGAUGCACGAAGAGCUUGUAUACUCGAACGGCUGUACGGAGGUUUCCCUGGGAUAAUUCUCCUAACCGGGGGCUUUUGCUGUCUGUAUAAUCGUAGGAUAGCGCUUCAGUCGCAAACUUUUCUUCAGCUUUUGUUUUCUUUAUUACUUCGUUCGUUGUUAUAAACAGCAGGUCUGACACAAAAUGAAAGGAACACACAAGACGCAGUCGUCGGAGAAAAAUAUGUGAGAAGCCUGUUUAUCUUAAAAUCACAACAUGGAUAAGUUUAGUUAUCCAGGUACAUGUACAGUGGAAUCUCGUGUUUUCGAACCUCCAAGGGAAACGGAAGCUUGUUCGAGAAAUCGGGAAUUUGAAAUAGGGGUAGAAUUACAGUGACGGAAAAGCGAAGCUCGAGAAAUGGCUAUUUCUCAAUAUAUAUUUACGUUCAGUUCCGGAUUUUAACAUUCUUGUGCCUUUUCUAAGAGGACAAAUCGAAAAAUGGAUUGCUACUAAUUGCUUUGAACGGUAAACGCUUCUUGUUUGUCGGUCUCAGAGUAGAAGUCAAUUCAAAAAAGCAAGAGCACCAAAGUAGAAACCAGAUAUGAUUGAAAACCCUUGAUUACGGGUUGUAAACAUUUCCAUGAGACUAUAGGGUAGACAAUCAGGAAAAUAGUAUUUCAAGUGCCACCGCCAAAUUAGUUAGCAACGAUUUCAACUUCGGUGCCAACGUUAUCCAUGGUUUCGCUUUGGAAUAAGCAACGAUAGAAAAAUAACUGAACUACAGUGUAAUCCCGAUUUUUCGAACCUCCAAGGGAAACGAAAUUGGUUCGAAAAAUCGGAUAGUUCGAUGAAUCGGGGAUAAAAUUAGUGUUCGACCGAGGAGGGCAAACGACUUUUGGUUAGAUUAUCGGGAGGUUCGAGAAAUCGGGAUUCUACUGUAUUCCAGGAACAAUUUGCAUAGAAAGACUAUUUUCAUUUGUCUACCAAACUCAGCCGUCAGUCCAUACUUGAUUAAGUGACAAUAAGGUAAUAGCCAGAAGGUCUUGCUCCGAUAAGAAACUACCAAUCAUUUGAUUUAUAGAGCCAAGAUCUUGACAGACCACAGAGACACAGAAUGUUUAGUACCGAACCGAAACUACUGUGUAAAAAAACAUGGGCCCAUGAAACUUAAAAAAAAAGCAUACACGCGGACAGAUAUGAAUAUUCACGAUUAGUACUGAGCAUAAUUACCUUAUACAGUCGAUUUUUAUUCCUCAGACACCCGACAAGAAAAGAAAAUUUUCAUUGUUCUCUUGCUGGUACCCGUCUGUUACCAAGGCAACGCAUGUACAGCUGAACAAACGAGUACCAUCUAAAAGUUUAAUUUAAAUUUUAAAUUUUGAUCUCCUUGACAACGGAUGAAUAAAGUCAGUAGAUAAUCAAAUGAACUAGGAAGUUUGUAUCACGACCUUUUAGCGGCAGCGUAUUUGAUUGAAACAAACUAAAAUCACGAAUUGUUGUUUCACUACCACAAACGCAAACACUUUUUGGUCCCGUCUGACCCGUCAUCGAAGGUUUCUUUAAUCUGGGGUUAUCACGUGACUCUACGUCACCAGGCGUUUAAAAAAACUCCGGCUGCUUUGUGUUAGUGUAAGAGUUGAUAAAUAUAAAUAGGAUGGAUUCGACCAGCUUUGAGAACAUCAAGUCGGCUGUACAGGGACGUAACUUCAAGGACGAGAAGUUAGACGCGUUGAAGUCGACCCUCUCCUGUUCUUAUGGAUAUCUAUCCGCCGAGCAAGUCGCUCAACUUCUUCCGGAGUUUUCCUUUGAUGAUGACAAAGAAAACGUCGUCGAGAUUUGCGCUCCGCGGAUGUACAGCAUCAACUGCGAGCAAGCAACAUCUAUACUGGGUGUUUUCUCGUUCGACAAAUCGAAAAUAAAAGCCUUGGAAGUUAUUGCUUGCCACAUCGUUGAUAAUAACUUGGCGGCUUUGGACAGUGCGUUCGAUUUUUCCAGCGACAGAGAACGAGCGAAGGAGAUUCUCGUAAACCGGCCCCGCUCCGGGAUGCAGCCUGGAUUACCUCCACAACUUUACCCGGGUACUGGGCCUCCGCCCGGAGGUUUCCCUGGGAUGGUACUCCAACCAGGAGGUUGCCCUGUACCAGCACCGUAUCCAGGACAGCCGCCUUACGCGGGACAAAGCCCUUAUCCUGGAGCAGGACCACCCGGGGGGAUGUGUCCUCCUGGUCAGUAUCCCUACGGACAACCUGGCCCGGGUGCAGUUCAUCCACAGUAUCCACCUGGUACAGUGCCACCUCAGUAUACACCCCCUGGGGGAUAUUAUCCAUAUGGAGGUGCAGGACAAUAAAUUGCAUUUAUUCGUGUAAAACUUGCAGGGGCGCAGUUAAUUUUUCAGGGCAGUCAGAAAUUAAGAAUAAGAUAUAAUCUGAGCGCGUACGUAUGUAAGACUGCAACCCUGAAAUAUGCCUGCCUUUGACAUAACAGAACUUGUAGUUUACUGAUUUUCAUUUCUUUGCUUCAAUAUUAGCUUGCUUGUUAUUAACUGUGCGUGGUAAUACCAUGCAUAGAAACGGAAAUAAUGAAAUAAAGUUGUGUUGUGCUUGCA